CGGUUUGAAAACCAUUAAUACUAGUUGAACGUUGUGAUGGAAGAAAGGUCUGCGAGCACUGCUCCAGUAAAUUAAUAAAUUAAUAAAAUAAGGACUUUUAAUACAGAUAUAUCUCUUGGUAAGAUGUCGGUAUUGGCGGAGGAGUCGGCGGUGAAGGUGUGCGUUAGAGUCCGACCGCUCAUCGAACGGGAGGAGAGAGCUACUGCAGAGGACUCUGUGCCAGUGCCCCUGUACUGGAAGGCCGACAGAAAGUCUAUCCACCAGUUAGACGAUGGGGUCACAACAAAGAGCUUCAGCUAUGAUCGGGUGUUCAGCUCCAGUGAGACCACCAACCACCUCUACCAGGACAUCGCCAAGCCCCUGGUGGUGUCUGCCGUCGAGGGAUACAAUGGAACCAUCUUUGCGUACGGCCAGACCUCCUCCGGGAAGACCUUCACCAUGAUGGGCAGCAAGCUGGUUCCAGGUGUCAUCCCCCUGUCCAUGGAGGAGGUCUUCCAGACCAUUCAGAACUACCCCCAGAAGGAGUUUCUUCUGCGGGUGUCCUACAUGGAGAUAUACAACGAGACGGUGACCGACCUGCUGGUGGACAGCUGGAAGAGGAAGCCACUGGAGGUCCGCGAGGCCCUCAACAAGAACAUCUACGUGGCCGACCUGACGGAGGAGCUGGUGACGUGUCCGGCUCAAGCCCUCUCCUGGGUCUGCAAGGGAGAGAAAAACCGGCACUAUGGGAAGACCAAGAUGAACGAGAGGAGCAGUCGCUCUCACACCAUCUUCAGAAUGAUCUUGGAGAGUCGUGAGAAGAGCGACCCAGCCUCCGGGGAUAACUCUGAGGGCGCCAUCAUCGUCUCCCAUCUGAACCUAGUCGAUCUGGCCGGCUCAGAACGGGCCAGCCAGACCGGGGCGGAAGGCGCUCGCUUUAAGGAAGGCUGCAACAUCAACCGAAGCCUCUUUACCCUCGCCCAGGUCAUCAAGAAACUGUCUGACGAGAGCCAGAGGGGCUUCACCAACUACCGAGACAGCAAGCUGACCCGCAUCCUGCAGAACUCCCUGGGGGGCAACGCCAAGACGGUCAUCAUCUGCACCAUCACCAUGGCCGCCCUGGAGGAGACCCUCAGCACCCUGCAGUUUGCUAGCACGGCCAAGAAGAUGAAGAACGACCCCCACGUGACGGAGGUCUCCGACGACGGAGCGCUGCUCAAGAGAUACCGAAACGAGAUCGUCGACCUGAAACGCCGCCUGCAAGAGGUGUCCUCGGUGACCCAUGUGACGGCCACGGAGAAGGAGACGCUGUCCCAGCUCCUGCAGGAGAAGGACCAGCUGCAGAAGGAGCAGCAGGACCGCAUCAAGAACCUCACCAAGCUGCUGGUCACCGGCUCCAGUCUCAUGCCCGCCAAGAAGAUCCCUAAGAGGAGAGUCACAUGGGGUGGAAAGCUGGUCCGAUUGUCUGGAACCACAGAAUGCGACGUGGGCCAGUCGGAUCUUAGCUUUGCCGAGCAUUUCAGCCGCAAGAGGAAAGCAGACAGUUCUUCAAUGGAGCUGCUGGAAGAGGACGAGGAGUUUGAUUCCCGCUGGGAGAUCCCUGAGGAGUACUCCUUUACCACGGACACCGGGAGCAUCCGAGCCCACGGAGACAGCUCUGAUUUUGUCUCUCCGAGCGGAUCGGGGCAGAAGGAGGCCGACCUGGAACGACGGCUGGAGGAGGAGAGGGGCGAGAGGGAGGAGGCGCAGGCCAACGUCGCCUCUCUGGAGGGACGGCUGGAGGCGGAAAGGGGCGAGAGGGAGGAGGUGCUGGCUAAGCUCUCCUCGCUGGAGGGGCGGCUUGAGAAGGAGAGGGGCGAGAAGGAGGAGGUGCUGGCUAAGCUCUCCUCGCUGGAGGAGGAGAGGCUAGAGAAGGAGGAGGUGCUGGCUAGGCUCUCCUCGCUGGAGGAGGAGAGGCGAGAGAAGGAGGAGGUGCUGGCUAAGCUCUCCUCGCUGGAGGAGGAGAGGAGUGGGGGGGAGGAGGUGCUGGCUAAGCUCUCCUCGCUGAAGGAGGAGAGGAGUGGGGGGGAGGAGGUGCUCUGCAGGGCCGCCUCUCUGCAGCAGCAGGUGGAGUUGCUGGCCAGGGAGAAGCGGGAGGCGUGGGAGGAGGUGGAGCGGCUGGAGCAGAGGGCCCUGGAGCUGGAGGUGCAGCGCUCGGCCCAGGCCCAGGAGCAGCAGGAGCAGGUGCAGAUGCUGGAGCUCCGACUGGCAGAUCUGCAGGAGCAGAGCCACACGGAGGCCGAGCCAGAUGGACAGAUGAAGAAGGAGUUUGAAGAAACCAUCCGAAUGUGUGAGACUCUGGUUUCAGAGAAGGAGAUGGUGUUUGCCGAGAGGGACUACCUGCGUCAGGAGAUGGAGCUCCUGCUCGGGCAGGUGUCCUCCCUGGAGAAGGAGAAGGGGUCCCUAGCCCAGGAGCUGCGGGACUUCAAGGAGCUGGAGGAGUUCAAAGACCUGGAGGACGACUGCAGCAAUGACGAGAAGAGAGUGUUGCAGAAUGAAAUCGUUUCCUUGAAGAGCAACGUUGAAUCCUGGGAAAGAAAGUGCAGAGAUCUGGAGUCUCAGCUGGGCUCCAUGUCCGGUCAGCUGGCCAAGAAGUCCUCCUGGGCCCAGGAGCUGGAGUCGAUGCAGGGGAAGGACCUGUUGCAGGAGGUGUCUGAGCUGCGGCGCUCGCUGGACGAUGCAGAGGUUCUGGGUCGAGACAACAGGAAGGAGUGGGCUGUGCUGCGCAGCCAGAACCUGAGCCUGAAGGAGAGAGACGUGGAGCUGAGCUCCAGCCACCAGCAGAUGGUGGUGGAGGUGGGCGGUCUGCGCUCCCAGCUGGAGAAGGAGAAGAGCCGCUUCAAGAGCAUGCAGACGGACCUCCAGAAGGAGCUCACCAUGGCCUUCAAGGAGAACACCAAGCUCACCGCGCUGUUGGACGGGAAGGUCCCCAGUCAUCUGUUGGAGAACGUUCAUCUUGAGGGAACGAUAGCCUCCCUCAACGAGGAGCUGGUCGCCCGGUCGGAGGCGGAGUCAGCUCUGAGGGAGGAGCUGAAGACGUCCCAGGGGGCGGAGUCAGCUCUGAGGGAGGAGCUGAAGACGUCCCAGGAGGCGGAGUCAGCUCUGAGGGAGGAGCUGAAUACGGCCCAGGAGGCGGAGUCAGCUCUGAGGGAGGAGCUGAAUACGGCCCAGGAGGCGGAGUCAGCUCUGAGGGAGGAGCUGAAUACGGCCCAGGAGGCGGAGUCAGCUCUGAGGGAGGAGCUGAAUACGGCCCAGGAGGCGGAGUCAGCUCUGAGGGAGGAGCUGAAUACGGCCCAGGAGGCGGAGUCAGCUCUGAGGGAUGGGCUGAAGAUGGCCCAGGAGGCGGAGUCAGCUCUGAGGGAUGGGCUGAAGAUGGCCCAGGAGGCGGAUCUAGCUCUGAGGGAGGGGCUGAAAACGGCCCAGGAGGCGGAGUCAGCUCUGAGGGAGGAGCUGAAGAUGGCCCAGGAGGCGGAGUCAGCUCUGAGGAAGGAGCUGAAGAUGGCCCAGGAGGCGGAGUCAGCUCUGAGGGAGGAGCUGAAGAUGGCCCAGGAGGCGGAGUCAGCUCUGAGGGAGGAGCUGAAUAUUGCCCAGGAGGCGGAGUCAGCUCUGAGGGAGGAGGUGUCUCGCUCGGAGCAGCAGUGCUCUUUACUGGAGGGUCAGCUAAGAGGUCUGCUGGAGGAGAAGGAGGCCCUGAAGGAGGAGAAGGAGACCCUUCAGGAGGAGAAGGUGGCCCUGAAGGAGGAGAAGGAGACUCUUCAGGAGGAGAAGGAGACCCUUCAGGAGGAGAAGGAGACUCUUCAGGAGGAGAAGGUGGCCCUGAAGGAGGAGAAGGAGACCCUUCAGGAGGAGAAGGAGACCCUUCAGGAGGAGAAGGAGACUCUUCAGGAGGAGAAGGAGACUCUUCAGGAGGAGAAGGAGACCUUAAAGGAGGAGAAGGAGACUCUUCAGGAGGAGAAGGUGGCCCUGAAGGAGGAGAAGGAGACUCUUCAGGAGGAGAAGGAGACUCUUCAGGUGGAGAAGGUGGCCCUGAAGGAGGAGAAGGAGACUCUUCAGGAGGAGAAGGAGACUCUUCAGGAGGAGAAGGAGACUCUUCAGGUGGAGAAGGAGACCUUAAAGGAGGAGAAGGAGACCCUGAAGGAGGAGAAGGAGACCCUGAAGGAGGAGAAGGUGGCCCUGAAGGAGGAGAAGGAGACUCUUCAGGAGGAGAAGGAGACCUUAAAGGCAGAGGAGGAGACUCUUCAGGAGGAGAAGAAGACCUUAAAGGCGGAGGAGGAGACUCUUCAGGAGGAGAAGAAGACCUUAAAGGAGGAGAAGCAGGCCCUGCAGGAGAACGUCUCCCACCAUGAACCCUCUAGGAGCCUGGAGGUGCAGAUCCAGGGCUCCGUCAGUGGUCCAGAGGAGGUGGAGGGAGUGGUGUCUGCUCCCAGCCAGGAGAGCUCCCCGCUGCAGGCGCUGCUGGCGGCCCUGAGAGAGGAGAAGGAGACCUUAAAGGAGGGGAUGGCGGCCCUGAGGGAAGAGAAGGAUCAGCUCCAGAUGGACCUUCAGGAGAACGUUGACAUGAUGAUCGAGAACCAGGACGAGCUUCGCAGCGCUCUGGGGACGAUCAAUAAGCAGAAGGAGCAAAUCAGAGGCCUGGUGAGCCUCCCAACAGCCAAUCAGAACGCUCCCGCACUGGACUCGGCUCAUAUUGAAGACCUUCAGAACCAAGUGAAAGCUCUCCAUGCGGAGCUGGAGUCGGUGAGGUCAGAGAGGGACAGCCAGAGCUCCGACGGCGGUCGGGAGGAGGUGGACAGACUGGUGUCUGAGGUGUCCGCUCUCAGCCUGGAGAGGGAGCAGCUGCAGGCGCUGCUGGAGGCCCUGAGAGAGGAGAAGGCUCAGCUCCGAGAGGAGAUGGACGACAAGAUCCAGAUGAUACUACUGCAGCAGCAGCCUGGUAUCGGCCAGCAGCCCUCACUGAGCGAUGAGCUGGGAUCACUGGACCAGUACAGGAUGGACGACCUCCAAGGACCACUAGAGUCCGUUACUGAAGAGAAGGACCGCUUGGAGAGAGAGGUCCAGCUCAGCAUGGAAAAGGUGAAGGCGCUCCACGAGGAGCUGCAGUCGGUGAGGUCAGAGAGGGACAGCCAGAGCUCCGUCGGCGGUCGGGAGGAGGUGGACCGACUGGUGUCUGAGGUGACCGCUCUCAGCCUGGAGAGGGAGCAGCUGCAGGCGCUGCUGGAGGCCCUGAGAGAGGAGGUGGUCCAGCUCAGAGAGAGGCUGGAGGACAAGACCCGAAUGGAGGUGGAGGACACAUGCUCUCAGACGGAGGUGGAGGUGGUGCUGAGGCCCCAGGAGGUGGAGGAGACGUCCUCUCAGACGGAGGUGGAGGUGGUGCUGAGGCCCCAGGAGGUGGAGGAGACGUCCUCUCAGACGGAGGUGGAGGUGGUGCUGAGGCCCCAGGAGGUGGAGGAGACGUCCUCUCAGACGGAGUCGGUGGUGCUGAGGCCCCAGGAGGUGCAGGACUUUGAGGCCCAGCUACAAGAGCUCAAACAGCAGAUCCAGAGCCUGUCCGCUGAGCUGCAGUCGGCGAGGUCAGAGAGGCACAGCCAGAGCUCCGUCAGUGGUCCAGAGGAGGUGGACAGACUGGUGUCUGAGGUGUCCGCUCUCAGCCUGGAGAGGGAGCAGCUGCAGGCGCUGCUGGAGGCCCUGAGAGAGGAGAAGGCUCAGGACAAAAUCCACAUGGAUCAGGUCAAUCUGGAGCAGAGGGCUGACCACCAGGAGAAGGAGGAUCUCCUUGCACAGCAGAUCCAGCAGCUGGACAAACAACUCACCGAAAUCAGGAUGGAGAGGAGUGAGCUCCAGGAGGAGCUGGCCCGCAUGGAGGAGGAGAAGACUGGACUCCUGGAGGGGUUGACCCGCAUGGAGGAGGAGAAGACUGGACUGCAGGAGGCAUUGGCCCGCAUGGAGGAGGAGAAGACUGGACUCCAGGAGGAGCUGGCCCGCAUGGAGGAGGAGAAGACUGGACUCCUGGAGGGGUUGACCCGCAUGGAGGAGGAGAAGACUGGACUCCAGGAGGAGCUGGCCCAUGUGGAGGAGGAGAAGACUGGACUCCAGGAGGAGUUGGCCCAUAUGGAGGAGGAGAAGACUGGACUCCAGGAGGAGCUGGCCCGCAUGGAGGAGGAGAAGACUGGACUCCAGGAGGAGUUGGCCCAUAUGGAGGAGGAGAAGACUGGACUGCAGGAGGAGUUGGCCCAUAUGGAGGAGGAGAAGACUGGACUCCUGGAGGGGUUGACCCGUAUGGAGGAGGAGAAGACUGGACUCCAGGAGGCGUUGGCCCAUAUGGAGGAGGAGAAGACUGGACUCCAGGAGGAGCUGGCCCAUAUGGAGGAGGAGAAGACUGGACUCCAGGAGGAGCUGGGCAGGAGCUUAGAGGAGAACAGGGCCUUCAAGGAGGAGGUGUCCACCAUCACGAAGGAGAAGACUGGACUUCAGGAGGUGGUGACCCGUAUGGAGGAGGAGAAGACUGGACUACUGCAGGAGGAGUUGGCCCAUAUGGAGAAGGAGAAGACUGGACUGCAGGAGGAGCUGGCCUAUGUGGAGAAGGAGAAGACUGGACUGCAGGAGGUGCUGGACCGUUUGGAGGAGGACAAGACUGGCUUCUGGGAGGUGAGGAACCGUAUGGAGGAGGAGGAGGAGAAGAAGACUGGCCUCCGGGAGGUGGUGACCAGCAGGGCAGAGGAGGACACAACUCGACGCCUCAAGGAGUCCGACGAGAGCUUCCAGCUGUUCAUCGGCAGAUGUUGCACUCACAGCAUGGCUCCACUGGAACAGACCUUAGUGGAUAUCUCUGUGGUCAAGGACCAGCACCUCCGCGCCCUCCCCAAGGCCCUCGUCCAGCUCUACAACCAGAUCCUGGAAAACAACAGCCAGGCCAACCAGGGCCUGAGGGACACCAUGACGGUGCUGAAGGGCCACGCUAGCGUGUUCCGGGACGUCAUGGAGGAGCUGGUGCACGGCGACCUGGGGGUGCUGGAGCAGCAGCGGCUGCAGGACGUCCUGCUGAGCGCCCCCGUUACCCCCGACGACGACCUCCACGCCCAAUGGGAGCGCAGACUCCCUGCACUGCUAGACCGCAGGGAGCGCCACCUGCAGAGGAUGUCGUCCUUGCUGGAGGGGCUGGAGCAGAGCCUGGGGUCCGUGCCCCGCAGCAUGGCCGCCCAGCUGGGGGAGACGGGUCACUUCCUGCAGGGUCUGAGGGACGCCUGCAGCCACACACCCCUGGACCUCCGCGCCGUGGAGGACCUUCUGACCGCCGAGGCGGAACGCUCGUCCAAUGCUGCUCAACUCAGUACCAACACUCUCCAGGUUAUACUAGAGACCCAGGGACGAGUCUGUCAGGAGCUGGAGGCGCUGAAGGUGGAGACCACCAAUGUGCUGGAGGAGGAGAGGAGCAAGACCUCCGCCCUGCUGGGUGUGGACAGCGCUGCCCUGGACCCCGACCAGCUGCAGCUCCUCAGGGACAACCAGCAGCUCCUCCUGCAGCGGCACCGCUCCCAGGAGCAGCUCACAGCCCUGCGCCGGGAGCUGGAGGGGCUGGAGGAGGCCCAGCGGAGGUCCGGUGAGCGGCUGACCAUCAACAAGAGGACCACCCAGCUGCUGCAGACGGAGCUGCAGGACGCCUGCGCCAAGAUCCACGACAAGGAGACGGCCAUCAGCACCCUCAGGGGCAAGCUGCGGCUGUCAGAGGAGGCCCAGGCGCAGAUGCAGGCGCCCCCUAGUGUCCUGGAGCUGGAGGAGCUCCGGGGCAAGGUACUAAAGCUGGAGGUGGAGGUCACCUCAGCCACCACCAAGCACCAGAAAGAGGUGAAGAGUCUGAGCAGUCUGCUGAACAUCAAGGAGGAGUCUCUGAGGAAGCUCCGAGAGACUCUGAGGAAGUCCCAGAAGGAGCAGCAGGAGUCCUUCCUGCAGGGCGAGGACCUGUACUGCCGGCUCACCCACCCCGAGGGGUCCAAGGUCCAGACCAGCGGCUCCCUGGAGAGGUCCAAGCUGGAGGAGGAGAUCAGGCUGCUGCAGCUGAAGGUCACUGAGCUGCAGAGUCUGCUGUCCAGUCAGAAGGCGGAGAUCAGCAGCCACCAGGCAGAGAUCUCCAAGUGGCGGUCCAGGGCCCUGACCCUGAAGGAGAAGGCCAAGGCCAUGCGGCCUCACCUGGCGGGCCCCACGACGCCCUCCAAGAAGAGGCUGUUCCCCGACGCCGACGCCGCCGCCGCCGCCUCCGCCUCCGCCGCCUCAGACUCCGCCCUCUUCUGCAGCUCCCCCAAGAGGUUCCACAGGGCUCUGGACUCCCCGCGGAGGGGGGGGGACUCCCCGCGGAGAGUCCUGGAGGCUCCGGCCAACGUCCCGGACCCCAACCAGACCUACGGCGUGGACUCCACAGAGUUCCUCAGGUCCACCCUCGCCCGGCCCAAGCAGUUCUUUGAUAACUCCACACUGGGCAUCAAUCCAGAUAUUUGUUGUGUUGAAUUAAACACGGACGACGGCUCUGAGACUAUCGACGAGGGUUCUUCUUCUUCCGUGGAACAGAAAGAGGAGAUGUGGCCUAUGUCUCCGAAAAAGGAGGAGAUGUGCACCUCUCAAUGAGAACCUCACCAUCUAGCACCUGCUCAGCCAUGUGGAGAUCAGAAGGAGGAGAUGUGCACCUCUCAAUGAGAACCUCACCGUCUAGCACCUGCUCAGCCAUGUGGAAAUCAGAAGGGGAAAUUGAAAGACUGUUUUAAAUUGUGAAAUGCACUUUAUGAUAUUCUGAACAAGAGUGGGGCCACUCGCAGUAGGAGACCGUCCGAUAGCGGUCCAGAUCAUUGGCCAGAUCACCUCAGGAGAAGGAAUGUGGGAUGGAUCUCUUUUGCUUUGUAAUGGGUGGUCAUGUCACCCUACACUUAUGGUGAUGGGAUAAGCAUUGUUUUGGCUUUUAUGUAGCCAUGAACACUUUCUAAAUGUUUGUUGUAAUACUUUAGCUAAAACUCUGUUUUGUGGAUACUUUAGUUUUAAAUUGGGCUUGUUCAUCUUGUUACCUGCAUUGUAAAAAGCUUGGAACACAUAAUUUCAUUACCAGCAAGGAUUAAAAUAAUACUGCCUUUUAAUUCACUGCAUUUGACAGAUUUAGAAGUUGAACUUAACUCUACCGACUUGUUUGGUGUUCUUCUAGACACAUGAGUGACUACAGACUGGCUUAGUGGUCUGUUAGACGCAGGAGGGACUACAAACUGGUUAGAGAGGAUAGCAGCGAGGACCUCCGGUAGAAAGGUGAUAUCGACAUGCCCAAGAUUUACUUUUCAAAGGCCCCAGGCUUAGUGGGGGACAGCCUCGAUCCUAUAUAAAGUUACUCACAAUAUGUAUGGUUUUGGGCUCAAACCCCAGUUAGAAAAGUGAAUGAUCUUGACUCUGGUGGAUUACGAAUGUAUGAUCAGAACAAAUAAACAAGUAAAA